AAGCUCAUGUACUCGCUCUACCUGGUGGCCAGCCUCUGCAGCAACAAAGAGGCCAAGGAGGAGGCUGACUCGGAUCGGGUGCAGCAGAAGCAGGAGUGGCGCCAGAAGUUCAUCGAGUGCGGCGGUCUGCGACAUCUGUACGACAUCUUCAUGUCCGGUGUGCUGCAGCUGCGCGAGGCUGACCACUGGGACGAGUGGCGCCAGGACUGCCUGGCCUGCCUGCUGCAGCUGCUCAUACAGAUCUCGGUGGUGGGCUCGGAGGAGGGCGCGCCGCCGCCGCCGCCGCCGGCCGCCUCCUCCUCCGCCCUGCCGCCGCCCGAGCACGCCAAGAAGAGGGCCAAGCGACAGCGCAAGUGGGACAAGUUCGCCGUGCUGAAGCUCAGCCCGGCGGUGCUGGAGCUGAUGGAGCUGGAGGCGGUGGCGGCGCGGCUCACCAGCGUGCUGUACGACGCCUCGCUACCCCGCGACCCGAACCACUACAAGACCGGCUUCUGGGGCCGCGCGCAGGUGGUGCACUACGCCAUGAGUCUGCUGGUGUCGCUCUGCUUCUCGGCGCCGGAGGCGGCCGACGCGCUGUACCGCUGCCAGCGCUACCCGGAAUGGCUGCGGCGCCUCCUGCUCGACGACCCGGAGCCGGAGACGCGCCGGGAGCUGGCCGCCGGUCUGGACAGGCUGUGUCUGGGUCACGCGGACGGCGGUCAGACGGGCGACCAGUUCGUCGUGCCCGUCCUCAGCGAGCUGCUCAAGUUCAUCCCGUCGGCGGCCAGCAUGCGGCCCUCCAACAUGGAGUUCGUGUCGGGCGGCGGCGACGAGCCGGCCAAGGAACCUUACGGCCCCUCCUGCCGCGAGUACUUCGGCCUGACGUGCCGGCUGCUGGAGAGUCUGGACGAGGCGGACGCGGCCGAGCUGCGGGCCAGCCCGGCCGCCACCGAGCUCGUGCAUCAGCUGUUCGACGCGCUGUUCGCACUGCCGACGCCCAAGGAGCGCCUGCUGCCGUGCUGCAAGUCGGUGCACUCGCGCUCGGCCUGCUACGACCUGCUGGUGGAGCUGACCGGCGGCUGCGAGCCCAGCUUCGACGCGCUGCUGGGCCGGCUGCUGGAGCAGACGGCGCCCAGCCGCCAGUCGCCUUACCCGUGGGACUACUGGCCGCACGAGGACGGCCGCUCCGACUGCGGCUACGUCGGCCUCACCAACCUCGGCGCCACCUGCUACAUGGCCUCCUGCAUGCAGCACCUGUACAUGAUGCCGCAGGCGCGCGCCAGCAUCCUGCAGGCGCCCGUCGACAACAAAUGCGAGCACGGCAUGACGCUGCGCGAGCUGCAGCGCAUGUUCGCCUACCUGAUGGAGAGCGAGCGCAAGGCCUACAACCCGCGCAGCUUCUGCAAGGUGUACACCAUGGACCACCGGCCGCUCAACACGGGCGAGCAGAAGGACAUGGCCGAGUUCUUCAUCGACCUCGUCUCCAAGCUGGAGGAGAUGACGCCCGAGCUGAAGCGGCUCGUCAAGCAGCUCUUCUGUGGCCAGAUCACCAACAACGUCGUGUCGCUGGACUGCGCGCACGUGAGCCGCACGUGCGAGGAGUUCUACACGGUGCGCUGCCAGGUGGCCGACAUGCGCAACUUGUACGAGUCGCUGGACGAGGUGACCGUCAAGGACACGCUGGACGGCGACAACAUGUACACGUGCUCGCAGUGUCAGAAGAAGGUCCGCGCCGAGAAGCGGUCAGUGGCCGGAGGGCGUCGGUCGGACGGCCGGCCGGCUGGCUGGUGUACCGCGCGUGACGGGAGUCGAGGGCCCGGUUUGGGUCAGGCGGAGGGUUGGCAGUGGCGCGAGGCGGACGCGGAGCUGGCGCCGUGCCAGUACGACCUGAUUGGCGUAACCGUGCACACCGGCACGGCGGACGGCGGCCACUACUACUCCUUCAUCCGCGACCGCACCAGCGCGUCGCGCAACAGCUGGCUCUUCUUCAAUGACGCCGAGGUCAAGCCGUUCGACCCGAGUCAGCUGGCCGGCGAGUGCUUCGGCGGCGAGAUGACGAGCAAAACGUACGACUCGAUCACGGAUAAGUUCCUGGACUUCAGCUUUGAGAAGACCAACUCAGCGUACAUGCUGUUCUACGAGCGGUGCGUGGAGGCGCCCGAACAGGGCGGGUCCAAGCCGGUGACGGCGGACGCGGCCGACCUGGCCCGCCCGCACCUCAGCCCGCUGGACCUGCCCACGUUCGAGCUCAGCGCCGAGCUGGAGGACUGGAUCUGGAAGGACAACAUGGAGUUUCUCAGGGACAAGAGUAUGUUCGACCACACGUUCUUCAACUUCAUGUGGCAGGUGUGCGGCUACAUCCCGCAGACGCUCAGUCGCACCGAGGCGGUGACGCUGCGUGCCGCCCGGCUCUCCACCACGUUUUUCCUCGAGAUCUUCAUCCACGCCAAGGAGAAGCCCACCAUGGUGCAGUGGGUAGAGCUGCUCACCAAACAGUUCAACGCCUCGCAGGCGGCGUGCGAGUGGUUCCUGGAUCACAUGGCCACGGACGAGUGGUGGCCCAUCCAGAUCCUGAUCAAGUGCCCCAACCAGAUGGUGCGUCAGAUGUUUCAGCGACUCUGCAUCCACGUGGUGCAGAAGCUCAGGCCGGUGCACAGCUGCCGGUACCUGCAGCCGGCCGAGGGCGAGGCGCGGCCGCGCGAGCUCGGACAAUCCUCCUGCGUCACCCGCUUCGUGCGCAAGCUCGUCUCGCUGAUGGAGCACGGCGCCAAGUCGCAUCUUCGCAACCUCACCGAAUACUUCGCGUUCCUCUUCGAGUUCGGCAAGAUGGGCGACACGGAGAUCAAGUUCCUGCUGGCCACCGAAUGCAUUACCACCAUGGUCAACUUUUACCUGAGUCAAAUACCGGAAAACCAGGCGGACGAGGUGUCGGACGAGGACGACGAGGAGGGCGAGGCCGGUCCCGUCCGGCCGGCCGACAAGUUCCGGCCGGCCAGCCUCGAGAAGAUGAUCAGCCUGGUGGCGCUGCUGGUGGAGAAGUCGCGCGCCGACGACCAGCGGCUGGCGCUCUCCGCCUCGGACCUGGCAGCCGUGGCCGGUGGCAAGGGCUUUCCAUUCCUGUACCACCAGAUCAAGGACGGCCUGAACGUGCGCGCCACGUGCGGCCUGGUGUCGGCGCUGUGCCGCUGGAACGAGCGGCUGGCUGUGCUCGUGGUCGGCAUGAUCUUCCAGGCUGUCAUCAAACACCAGGAGGCGUGCCAGCCGUUCUUCCGGCUCCUCUCGCUACUGGUGGAGGGCGACGGCGCCGGCGGCGGUGCGGCCGGCGCCGGCGGCACCGGCACUGGCGGCACCGGCGGCGGCGGCGGCGGCGGCCUGCCCUGCUUCACCCAGCUGGCGCUGCAGCACAUCUGGGAGGUGGCCGAGUUCUGCCCGCAGGCGGUGCUCGAGUGGCUGGCCGGCCAGGUGCCGCGCAACAAGCUGGCUCACUCGUGGGUGCUGCAGAACCUGGACAACUGGUGCGAACAUUUCCUGCUGGCGCACGGCCAGUUCCGCGUCCGCGCAUCGGCGAGCCUGCUGCUGGUGGGUCUGGUGCCGUCCUCCCAGUUCCGGCACCUGUUCACGCAGCGCCAGCGCCAGAGCUCGGCCGAGCUGCCGCUGGCGGCCGACGCGCUCGCCGUGCUGCACCAGGUGUACCGCUGCCUGCUGCGGCUGCUGAAGCCUGCCCGUGUCUACACGGACGUCCAGCUGCACGGCAACAUGAAGCUGGUGCAGUACUUCCAGCUGAUGCAACACUGUGUCGUCUCCCGGGCCGAGAAGCUCAUGUUCAGCCCAUACACGGCGGACCUGUGGACACUGUUCCACCCGAAGCUGUCGGAGCCGUCCAUAGCGGCGCACCACAACAAGCAGGCGCUGCUCAUGUUCUGGUGCACGGUCUGCAUCGACUGCGCCGAAAACGUGCAGCUCAUCGUCACCAACCCGCACAUCACCAAAAACAUCGGCUUCAACUACAUCCUGGCGGACCACGACGACGACCAGGUGGUGCUGUUCAACCGGAGCACGCUGCCGGCCUACUACGGCCUGCUGCGGUUGUGCUGCUCCCAGUCGCGUGCCUUCACCCGCCAGCUGGCCAACCACCAGAACCUGCAGUGGGCCUUCAAGAACAUCACGCCCUACCCGGCCCAGUACAGCGCGGCGAUGGACGAGCUGCUGAAGCUGAUGUCGCUCUUCGUCAUGGUCCACCCGGACACGACCGAGCAAGAGCUGCGUGAGAUCGGCGCCUUCAAGCGCCAGACGCUGCAGAUGUACCUACAGGUACUGGACGCCCGCUCCAGCUGGGCGACGCUGAUCUCGGCGCUGAAGAUCCUGGUGGACACGCAGGAGGACAGGCUGUUCGUGGUGUACAACGGCGGCGUGUCUCUGCUGUGCGAGGCCACGCUGGCCCUGCACGUCAUGUUCCACGAGGCCACGGCGUGCCAUGUCACCGGCGAGAUGACGGACCUGGUCCGCCUGCUGGCCGACACGCUCAGGUGCUGCAAGACCUUCCGCGACAACAAGGACGUGCGACACGCGCUGCUGAACUGCAAGGAGCGCCAGGAGGUGGUACGCAAGCUGGCCACGCUGCUCAACAGCUUCGCGCCGCCGGAGCUCCGGCUCGCCUGCAUCGACGCGCUGAAGGAGUUCGUGGUGGUGCUGCCGCAUGAGAGCCUGCAGGUGCUGACGCCGCUGAUGCUGCACUCGCACACGGCGCUGCGCGAGGCGGCCGACGCGGUGCCGCUGGGGCCGUACUUCCCGCGGCCGGGGCAGCCGGCGGCGGCGGCGGCCGGCACCGGCGCCGGCGCGCUCCGGCCGCCGCGGCCGCUGCUGCAGAUGACCGUGCCGCGUCUCCAGCUGCAGGCAAACAAGAGUGACCGCGACGACUACGACCGCGCGCUGCUCGACUACUUCCUGCCGUACCAUGUGCUGGCCGACCUGAUGUGCCGGGUGGCCAUCAACCACGACCUGCUGAGCGAACCACUGGUCAACCUGAGCGCGCUGCUCGGCAUCGAGGGCGUGCCACUCCACCUGGCGCAUUUCGCCAAACUCUGGAUAGACGUGCAUCAGACCAAGGCGAUGGAGAAACACAUCGGCCGCCUGCUCAGCUGCGGCUACCUGGCCGAGUACCUGGAGCGGGUGCUGACCGCCGCCCGGCCCUCGCUCACAAACAGCGUCAUCUACAAGUUUUGCUCCCUCUUCCUGCCCAAGGUGACCGGCGAGCGGGGUGCCGGCGGCGCGCAGGCGGCGGCGGUGGCCGCUCAGCUGGGGCCGCUCGUCGACCAGGUGACGACCGAGCUGGUCGAGCUGAGCGCCGCGGCCGGCGGUGGCGGCUCGCCGGGCGCAGAGGCGACGGCGCUCGGGGCCGCGGACGCGACCGACGAGGAGUCGGCCGGCGGCGGCUGGCGACCGGCGCUGGCACGCGCCCUUCAGCAGCUGCUCGACCAGCUGUCCGCCAGCAAGGCUUGUGAUCGUAGACUGUAG